UCUUAUUUCUUAUUUUUUAUUUUUAUUUAACAUAUUUUCCGAUACCCUCGUCUUCUUUUCGAUGAAGCUUCCCUCUUUUUGUAGUCUUCUCGGAUCCCACUGUGCUUGGAUUUGUAAACUCUGUUCAUUUUUGCUGCGAAUUCAACUUCAUAUAAGCCUAUAUUGAAACUCCUUCUGCUUCUAGAUCCAUGUCGAUGCCGAAUGAGGACAAUGCAUCUUCACAAACUCAGCUGUCAUCUAAUUUGUUUGGAGAUCUUCUGGAUUCUGUGAUUGUUGAUAUUGCAUCGGAAUGUCAUCGAAUAGCAAGAUUAGGUCUUGAUCGUAACUUAGAAGAGGAAGAAGAAGAAUUAAGACUUUCAGCACAGGCACGAGUAAGAGUAGCUGAUUCUAGCAAUAGUAGUGAAGCAAACGGAAAAUAUGUAGUUGAUAUUUUUGGACAAACUCAUCCUUCUGUUGCGAACGAAAUAUUUGAUUGCAUGAAUUGUGGUCGAUCAAUUAUGGCUGGGAGAUUUGCCCCUCAUUUAGAGAAAUGCAUGGGAAGGGGUAGAAAGGCUCGUCCCAAAGUGACAAGAAGUAGUACAGCUGCCCAGAGCCGAUAUUCACGAGGCAAUCCUGUUUCUGCGUAUUCCCCUUACUCUAAUUCCACCAGCACGAAUCGCUUACUUAAUGGAACGUCUAGUCUUGCAGGGGAGGAGUACUCAAAUGGUAUAUCUGAAGACCCAUGAACAAUAGAGCAAUGGCCAAAUUAUUCCAAUUUAGGAAAAACAUACUGUAAUCUAAAUGUGCUUGCAGGAACAUAAUGAUACCUGCUGCCAUGUUCAGUUUUAUUGUACAUGACUUCUUUAUGUGAGCUAUCAUUAAUGACAUGGGAAAAAAUAUAUCAUGUCUGGAAUCUGGAUGUACUAUGAGUUCAUCAUUACUUUCAACUGUCCCAAAUUUUGAUGCUGAAGAUCUUGUACAGAAGUUCGAAAAAAAAGGAAUCUCAUGCAAUUCUAAUUUAA